AUGGCUAGAAAGUCCGAACACCACUGCCCGUAUGUCCCCAAGUUGAAUCACUGGUCGGAUAUAGCGUAUCUCCAAUGGUUAUCGAAAGCCAAUGAGAACUUAGAGUUACGUUACGUACUUCGAUACAGCGUGAUGGACGAUGUUACGCGCUUUGUGCUUACUUAUCUCAGCUUACAGGGUAGAUUUGCCCUGAAGGAAUGGCGUGGGACGACAUACAGUGCAGGCUCGGUGGAGUUCAAUGCAUUGUUAGGCUCACCCAAUGGGGCUGGUGUCGCUUAUCUCCUCAUACAGCACAAGAAGGGACUAGGCCACAAGACUGUUGAUAAGGUUACUGUCUUCAAGAAGAAGUGGGAUACCAUGUUGCUGUUCCAUAUCACGGAUGUUGACAGUGCUGAUGUCGAACACGUUUGA